AUGGCAACCACAUUCGUAGCACCUGAAACAGCCCCACUGCAUAUUCAGAUUAGAUCAAGAACUCGGCCACCCCUUCAAUCCAUUCUUGCAUCCAUUCAAACGUUUUGUUCUGAUGAUCAAAUGGCCGUGGCAUCAGGCCGGUCCAAUACAACACGAGUAUCUCAUCUACUGCCAUCAACUGUGUUUCAACUAUCUCAGUUUUCAUCUGCUGUAGAGUGGGCUGAAACGGCUAAAAUCAAUGAUGCUCCUUUUUAUCAAGUGGAAAAAACUGUCGAGACAUUGGCUACUUCAAGUGUAUCCAAAAAAGAAAAAAAGUCAAAGAAAGCUGGCUCCAAAUGGGCAUAA